UGUGUGCCGUAACAUCUAGCAGAUGGUGUUGGGGUGCUCUGCUUCCAGUGUAAUAAUAUCAUAAUCAGACGAAAUGGAUUUCAGCGUGAAGAAAUUAGCCUCCGGAGCCGGGCUGUUUCUGACGCGAGCCGUCCAGUUCACAGAGGAGAAGUUGGGCCAGGCAGAGAAGACCGAGUUAGACGCUCACUUUGAGAACCUGAUGAGCCGUGCAGACUGCACCAAACUCUGGACUGAGAAAAUCUUCAGGCAGACUGAGGUCCUGCUACAGCCCAAUCCAAUUGAUCAUACUGGUGCCAGAAUUGAGGAGUUUGUCUAUGAAAAGCUUGACUGGAAGGUGCCGUCCAGGGUUACUAAUGUGGAGCUGCUGGGUCAGUAUAUGCAGGAUGCCUCAAGGGAAUUUGGUCCUGAAACUCCAUAUGGGAGCACUUUGAUGAAGGUAGGAGAGUGUGAGAAAAGAUUAGGAGCAGUAGAGAGGGAGUUCCUCCAGACGUCAGCCCUCAGCUUUCUUACACCUCUCAGGAACUUUCUGGAAGGAGACUGGAGGACCAUUUCAAAAGAACGCCGUCUUUUGGAGAAUCUUCGCCUGGACCUUGAUGCCUGUAAAGCACGAGUGAAGAAGGCAAAAGUGGCUGAAGCAAAGGCCACGUGCGAGGGUGAAACAGCUCCAGAUUUUCAGGAAACCAGACCUCGCAACUAUGUACUUUCUGCCAGUGCUUCUGCGCUCUGGAGUGAGGAAGUGGAGAAAGCUGAACAUGAACUCCGAGUAGCCCAGACAGAGUUUGAUCGCCAAGCAGAGGUCACACGAUUGCUUUUGGAGGGGAUCAGUAGUACACAUGUGAAUCACUUGCGCUGCCUGCAUGAAUUUGUGGAGGCCCAAGCAGCUUAUUAUAAGCAGUGUCACCUCCACAUGCAGGAACUACAGAAAGAGCUGGGAAGGCUUCCUAAUGCUUUUGCACUGAACUCCACAAACUCCAUCACUGCUCCCAGUUUGGUGACAGAAGACAGCAGCAGCCCGGUGGAGACUGACACCCUGAAGAUCGAGGAAGUUCAGGCACCAGCUACAGGAACCCGCAAAGCCAGAGUCCUUUAUGAUUAUGAUGCAGCUGAUUCUAGUGAGCUCUCCAUUCUGGCUGAUGAGCUAAUCACAGUUUACACAGUGCCUGGAAUGGACUCCGACUGGCUGAUUGGAGAGAAAGGAAACCAGAAAGGAAAAGUGCCUGUCACAUACCUGGAGCUACUCAGUUAGACAACAUACACAUGUGUGCAUGUGCAUGUGUGUGACUGGACACACAAUGAAGCCACAAAGAAUUUCUCACUCUUAACACUAACCUGUAACCGUCAACCCUGAAUGCUUCUCAGACAGCAGUGAAAAUGGAGACAUUGUUACAGUGAAUCCAGGAAAAUCCUCAUUGGGGAUGGUAAACAUUCCUUUUAUUUCUCUUUUUAUGAUUUUUUUUUUUUUUCUUUUCUUCUGUUGUGCAUCCCAAAGAUUGAAGCAGGCGUUUCCAUGCCUGGAUUAAAUUAUAUUGAUCUGUUUGAUGUAUUUAUUAUAUAUAUUUUAAAAGCGCUUUCAUGAAUUCACUGCUAAGCUGUGAUGCAGAAUCAAGUUGUAAAAGUCUAAAAUAUUGUCUCAUGGAGGUUAUAGUUGUAAGCUUGCACUGAUGAAACAGUUCCAUGUCCUUAAUUCUUCUUGCUAAUGUGUUGAUGUGACGUGACUGAAGAAGAAGUGAAAUCAAACGGGACUUCCUUACGUUGGAUUAUUUUUUCGCAUCUGUGGGGAGGAGGGAAACCAUUCAGACCACUUUUUGGUUUAUUUGAAAGCUACAAAUGAGAAUGAAAGAUGUGACUGUUUCCUACUUUUAUUGCAGAUGUGUUUUGUUCUUCUCUUUUUUUCCCCCCCUCACAGUGGUUACUGUUAUUAUUUUAUUAAUAAUAUAAUUUAUUGAUGGAAGCAUUGAAUAUAAUAGUUUACAGUGGUUUACAGUUCUCUCUGGACAGCUGUAAACCACUAAAGUGUUUCAGAGGCUUGUUCGGGAAGACUAUUUGCCUUAACUGCUAGUUGAAGUGAAUGUAAUACCUGUGUUAUUUAAAGCAACAAUAAUUUUGUUGACGCUGGAAGGCAACUUCUGAUUAUUUGCAUUUCCCAUAUGGGCUGAUUUUUUUUGUUUGUUUUUGUUUAUUUGUUUGUUAUUUGCUUCCUAUAUCUUUCCACACCACCGCAGCUGCCCCUUUGAACAAUAUGAACACCUGUUGUGUAAAUAAAGGUGAAAUUACCACUCCCUUUCUAACUGCCUUAAGCGGAUGGGCGGGGACUGCUGAGACCAUCUGCUGCACUCCAGAGAAUGUGCUCUUCAAGCAUCACACAAAUGUGUACAGACCUCAAGUUUACCACAGCCAGCACGCAACACUCACUCCCUCACAACUGCCCUUUAGUGUUUUUGUUUUUGGAUUUUCAGUGUUUGUCAUUAAAUGAAAUCAUUUUCUGUCUUAGUGCUGCACGUGCUACAGCUGGUAGCCCGUCCUGCUGGACAUGUAUGUGUGUAUGUGGAUGUAAUCAAGUCUAAUGUGCCCUUCCACCCUUUCACCCUGCAUGCGCACAUGCAUGCACUGCCUUUGUUUUGUUUUGUUUGUUUUUUUUAAACCCAGCCUGCUGAUAAGUUCAUAUGAAAUGAGUGUAUUUUACUUGCAGGUCAUGUGACACAGAUGGAGUUGGUGCCCAAAUGUGUGUGUCCUGCUUUCUUCUCUUCUGCUUACUUCACAAGUUUGAGAUAACGUUCUGUUCAAAAAUGCGUUUUGUUAACUUGUUGGAAUUCUGUUGUACUUAAUUUUCUUGUUUUCUCUGAAUAUCUUAUUGUCUGUUGAAUGAACGAAAUGUGUGGAUUAAUAAAACAGAUUGAUUUAAA